UAGAAAAUAUGUCAAUUCGGUUUUCCAAAUUUAGACCACACUCGGGGACCUUUUUACUAGUUGCUUUGUACCGGAAGUAUGUACGUCUCCCAAAACGUUCCGAAUGUGUUACAUUUUGUUUCCGCUAUGUGUGUGUGCCUACAGUGCCAAACACAGUUUUGUUCAAUGGAUGAAUUAUACAUUUAUUGAGAUGGCAAGCAUUUGUUUUUGUAUAUCAUUUAAGUACAUGUCCAAACACAUUUCCCUAAAGCGGCAUGGAUAAUCAAAUUGAAACGGCUCUGUGCUGCCUAGAUAGCAUUUCCCAAACUUCUGUCACCAUCUCAGACUUCUCAGAUGAGAUUCUACUGAAUAUCCUGCGAUUCAUUCCUAGUCAUGACCUGAUGCUCAAAGUGAGUCAAGUGUGCCGGAAACUUCAAACUCUCUGUCUGGACAAGAGCUUGAGAGCCCAUGUACACCUGCAUAAAGAAUAUACGGCAAAUGACGAUGCUGUGAAGCAGCUCUUGAAGAACCUCUCCGGUGACAUCCAGACUUUAAACCUCAGUGGCUGCUACUGGUUGGCCGGCUCUACGGUGGAUCAGGUCACCCGCUGUAAGGGUCUAGUCAGCCUGGACCUUUCAGGCUGCCGUUUGACGUCGAUUCGGCUUUCGCAUCUGCUGACCUCUCUCCGUUCUCUGUGCUCGCUGGCAUUAGAUGUGGGGCCGGGGUUCGACCUCCAGCAGCUGAGUGCAGAGGGUAAGUCAGCUUUGGCUCGCCUGCAGGAGCUCAAGCAGACAUUGUUGACUCCCUCUUAUGGGGUGGUGCCAUGCUGCAGUGCCCUACGACGCCUUCACCUGUAUCUGGAGGCCAGCGAGGGCUGGAGGGAAGCAGGCGGGUGUGCGCAGCUGAUGGUGGGCCAGAGCAGCGUCCCGCACUAUCAGAACCUGCGCUGGUUCUCCGCACGCCUCGCACCUGGUGAAGUCAAUCGUACUCUGUUGGCGCUCUACUUGGCUGUUUUCAGUAUGAGAGUGCCUGAGGGUCUUACAGGACUGGUACUCUCUGUGCCAGGAGUCGCACCGCCAAGGCCGGUUGCAAUGACAGCGCUAAUGGAGAGCAUGGCGUCAACAGUGGGAAAUAGCGUUAGCGCUCUCCAGUUUCCGCGUACAUGGUUGGAUGGUGCUAUUCUAGGGCGAGUCCUAACGCACGGCUGCCCCGUUUACCUGAAUGUCUCGCACUGUUCAUCUCCAGGGUUUAACCCUCUGCAUGUGCUGCUCAGUGCGGGUCGGGACCUCACACCCCUACGGAGUCUCAACCUGCGUGGCUGUGGCCGAGGACCUCUCGCCGAGAGCUGUGGAAAGAGCGAGGAAGAGAUGGACACGGAGAGCAUCAAAGCACUUACUGAAUGUUGCCCGCAUCUUAUUCACCUUAAUUUAUCCGCCACGCACUACCACCAUGCUUUUCCCACUGGGCAAGAUGGACACUUGUGUGGCGCUUUAGGACGUCUUGCCUCCUUGUGCUCGCUGGCACUUCCGGUGUGUGCCUUGGCACAAUCCUCUCCAACACCUGUGAACAUUCAGGACUCCAACUCAGACCUCACACCAAGGUCACUACUUCUCGGCCUUAAAAAGAGCAGCCGUGUCGGUGUGCCCACAUAUCGACCCUCAACAGGGGUCAUCGAGGGUCAGGGUGAAGAGCAGCAGGACAGAGGCUUCUGCAUUCAGCCACUGCUUCAAGGCUGCCCGCAUCUAGUGGAGCUGGAGCUGAUUGGCGCAGGCUUUUCCUCUGCCAUGCCACGGAAUGAGCCGGCCAUCCGCAAGGACCCCGUCGCAUGCCCCUGGUCCUACAAUGUCAGAGACAGUGAGUUAGCUGCUUUAGGAGGGAUGAAAAAUUUGCGCAAGCUCACCCUCGCUCACUUACCGGGCGUCCUGAAGGGGACAGGAUUGAUCGAGCUGCUUAAGGGGUGCAAGGACCUUCAUUCGUUAUCGCUGGCAAAUCUCGGAUCGUUAAAGACCAUGAAUUACACGCAGGCCCUGCUGGAGGCUCUUUCCCACUGCACACAACUCAGGGAUUUAAGGCUGGAGCAGCCCUACUUUAAUGCAAACGCCGCAUGUUUUGAAGAGCUCAGUCAGUGUCAGCAGCUGCGGCGUGUUUGUCUGGUUUCUCGACAUGGGAGCUUCCAGCCUGCCGCUGUGACGGCCUUCAUGCAGAGCUGCACUGAUGUCAUCAUGUGCCACAUGUUCAUGGGAGGUACCCUGGUGGCAUGUAAAACACUGCAGAAAACCCUGCUGGAAAGUUUCUCAAUUUCUCGUCCAGCCCUUAGUGUGGUGAUUUACCCUUUACUGCACGAGGACCUGGCCCAUGUGAUCAGAGGUAUGCCACUUUGCCACCUGGACGAGAUCACACUUUUCAAAAGCCGUGUCGCUGAAGAGCCUGUGAAACAGCAACUGUGACUGAAGCAAUAUAAUAAAACAGAGAACAUGUGGGGGAUUAACCUGGGUAAUGC